AUGCUGCACCCUGAAGGCCUCCAUGCCUUGGAGGAGGGGACAGCCCUGACAGCCCCGCGGAAUGACUGCGUCAUCUGCUAUUCUGCCUAUGACCUCUCAGUACACUUGCCUCGACGUCUCUACUGUGGUCACACCUUCUGCCAGGCAUGCAUGCGGCGCCUGGAUACUCCAGCCCAUGAACAACACUGGAUCCCCUGUCCACAGUGCCGACAAAGCACCCCUCUGCCUCGCGGAGGCGUGACCAUGUUGGACCUGGACCUGGCUGCCUUCUUGGCUGUCAAAGCUGAACGGGAACCAUCAAAAAUAGAACCCAGGUCCUCUGUCCCCCUCAAAGUCAGCGCUACCAUCACUCAGCAGCCAGCUGGACUCUACCCCACCUUGGGCCCCCAACCCCACUUCCCUCAGCCUGUUCGCUGCUGCUGGGAUUGGGGAAGACUGUGCUGGUAUCCCUCUGGGAACCCCGAAGUCUAA